AAUUAAAAACCUGCCAGCACAUGCCAUGUGUAAACAACCUUUCGAUAAACAAUCUAAUAUUUUUUGUAAGAAACCUGUCAACUAUCAAUAAAUUGGAUGUAUAUUGAUAUGUGAUCGUAGAAAUGGGUGGAAUGAAGGGGUAUAAAGUAACUAAUGCCGACCGUAGCCGUACAGUUGGAGUUGCAUGUACGUCUCUACAGGAACUUAUAGAAAAAGCCAGAAUCAAAUUUAUGAUUUCGAAGGAUGAAAUUGUGAAUUUGCAAUUGGAAGACGGAACGUUUGUGGACGACGACAACUAUUUUGAGACGCUGCCUCAGCAGACAUUGCUGAUCAUGCUACGUCCUCAAGAGAAUGCGUUAACUGGUGCAGAGAUCUUAUACAACGCUCUGCGAGCUGUAAACCUGGACUUCUUGCAGGCUGGGCAAGAGGUGAACCAAUUCUUCUCGACCAACUUGAAACACAAAGUACGGCAGUUGGCACACUUGGUAGGUGACGCGGACGGAGACGACAGAGUAUUACUGAGCACCAAGACCGAAGACCCUGUUUGGUUUCAAGGCCUCGACACGAGAGCAAGCUCUAAAGAGCAGGUGAUGUUCCGAGGAGCCCAGGAUCGCAUCAGAGGCUACAUGUUCAAAACAUGCGAUGCCCUCAAGAAGUCGGAACCUUACAAAGUCAACAGAAAGAAAGCGAAGCACUUUGGGUGUUACUUCGACCGGAGCGGGCCCGGCGACGGAGGUCACGGCGACGCGCUGCUCCGGCGACUCUGCGACGACGCCGGGACUUUCCGCUGCCAGGGCCGGUGGGACGAGAAGGACUGCCUCUACAGCAGUGGCUUGUCCACCCACGCAAUCAACCCUUACUGCAGCCGGGAGGCCCGGGUGCUCUUCCAGAUGUGGAAUCUGGACCACAGGAUAGAACGAUCACGGACGGUUAUUCCAGCUAUGUUGGAAGCCGCCCAACAGGCCGUGGAAGAGCAGCGCUCAGUUCGCUGGUCCUAUUUCUUCCAACUGCUCUUCACACAUCACAACCUUAAGUUAGUACACAUAGUAUGUCAUGACAAGAGCGUGCACAGUGCGAAGUGUGAUCCUAGCCAAUACCUGAUUUGAUGCUGUGGGAUGAACAACGAAUUCACACCUCACAUUUGGUUGCAGCAGCCAACCUUUGAACAGAGUAAUGCUUGAAUUUUCAGAGCGUCAUUUUUGCCACGUAAAAAUAUCAUGAAGAUAUGCAAGAGUACAGAAGUAGCUAAUGAAGCUUCAAGUUUUAAAAUACAUAACUAUUACCUGGUGUUGUUGCAUCAGACAGUGAAAGGCUGUAACUACACACUUAAUAGUUGUUAUAUGUUACAGGUAUGCUUAAAAAUCAGGCAAGAUAAGUUAAACUCAGUUUAGAACAGGGUGUAAAAAACCCAGAAAAGUGGUUUGUUUGGUUUAAACAAUGUUUUUAUAUUACAUUAGUUAUUUUGGUUCUCAGAAUAUUCAAAUGAAUAUCCCGCUUUCUGCCACUCAAGUUGAACCAGAAAAGUUAUAGCACCAAAGAACUGAAGUCCAGCAAAUCUGCACAUUGACUGAGACUAAGCUAUAGAAAGGGUAUUUCCCAACAGGAAGAGGAUUCUCCAUAUAAUAUAGUAUAGUCAGGUAUUUACCACAAAAUAUAUAUUUCAUUAAAUAAUUAAUUUAUGCUUUUUUACACUUUUGACUUAUUACAGUCAAACCCCUAUCUAUAGUUUUAUCAGGGGACUCAACAAAAAAAUUCUGUAGAUGCGGACAUUCGAUAAAUGUGAACUUCACUCUUAGAUUUUGAAAAAAAUAUUUCAACCUCAAAAUUAGUGUCAGAAAUAUAUCAGUUAAGUACUUGUCAUUAAAGUUUAAUCAGCUGAAAAAAAAAAAAAAA